GACACUUGUAUUAUCAAUAAAAUGUUACCAGGCACAGAAUUGGGUGUAAUUUUAUUGUCGUUAUUUAUUUUAAUAACGUUUAACUUAAUUAAUAAAACACCAAAACCAAUUCUGAAUGUGUACCAAAGAUCAAACGGGGUGUUUUGGUUUAAAACACUAUUCAUGUUCAUUAUAUUAAAAUUAAGAGCCUGGAAGUCAAAGGACAACAAAAUCCAUCAAAAGCUGGAUAAACCUCAACCUUUGUCCUACCAUGAAAAGGCUAUUGAUGCGGUUUACUUCAACGGAGCAAAUGCAAACGGAGAUCACUUCGUGGUUGGUACUGCCAGAAGACAAAACCAAAUCAUCGACGGCUUCAUAUAUUUAAAAAUCAAAGUUUCCGGCCUGGGUGUCUUAGAAACACCUAAACUCCCCGACACCACGUUACACCAAGAGGAAGCUAAAGAGGAGUACGAAGCUGAAGGCAUCAGAUUAACUCCUCUGGAACCGUUACGCAAAUGGAGCCUCAGCUACGACGGUACGAUGAAAAAUGGAACCAGAAACUUCGACGUUAAACUAAAAGCAACCUGGUCGUCGGAUUUGCCCGUCUUCAACUUCGACUGUCACAUGGAUCCGUGGUCGAUGGCCAAAUCGAUGGCGUACGAGAAGUGGAGCAGAGAGUACUUCAAAAACUUACAAGGCAACCACCAGACCCACUACGAGCAACACGGCCAACUGACUGGAACGGUCCAAAUCGACGGUCAGGAGUACGAAAUUAACAUGGACACGGUCAGGGAUCACAGCUUCGGCACGAAAAGGGAGUGGAGGAACUUCCACAGAUACGGGCUGCAUUUCUUUUCGGCGGAGAACGGCGAUCGGUUCAGUGUCGGGAUGAUUUGUUUGCCCGUUUCGUUUUCGAGGUUGACCAUGGGUUACGUGUACAAAAAGGAAGAGGACAAAAUUUAUCCGGUCACCGACUGCGACUUGCAGUUGUACCAACACGGCGAAGAUGACGAGCCGCCUGUGGAUUAUGCCUUUUCGUUUCAUGCAGGUGGUACGAGAUACACACUACAAGUCAACGUUGUAGAUUCCCCAUACUUUUUCAUAAGCAAAGAUUGGGAAAGUAAAGUGGUUGAAAGACUGUGCACGUUUAAAGUGAACGGAAUUAAAGGAUGGGGAGCUGCUGAAUGGCAAUACAGAAAUAUUGAAGGAAGACAAGUCAAAUUGUAAUUUAUAUCACUAUAAAUAAAUUAUUUAAUAAACUA